CAAAGCAAACAAGGCAAGUGCAAUAGCAGGCGGGCGAUGCUGACCUGCGUGCGGCUGGUUGUCGUCCGGCGAGGAAGAGGAAGCGUCCUCGGCGGGAACCGAAGCGCGCGCCGAAGGAGAAGAAGCAGUCGGCGAGGGCGCGCUGCCGACAACCCCAAGACGAGCACCAUGCUGCGCGGCCGGGCCCUGCGGCGUUGCGGCCGGCGAGGUCUGCGCCUGGCCCUGCAGCGCGGCGCCGACGGCGGGCCCAGCAGCCACGAGCUGGCCCUGCUUGAGCUCGUGCGGUGGCACCCGGGCGCUCUCUCGAAGCCGGGCGAGCCGCGGCUCGUGCUCGUCGUGGCGCUCCGCUGGCUCAGCCACUGCCAGGACGACCCGCCCCUCGUCGAGGCCGCGCUCGAGGCCCUCGGGUCCCUGCUCCUGCGACAUCGUGCCGGGCUGCGCGAGUGCUGCUUCGAGUUGCUCAUGAGCGUCUUCCACCUGCUCGCCUCGCCCGCCGCCUCGGUGCGCCACAAGGCGUUGGGCCUGGCCCUGAUCCUCCUGGAGGUGGACCCGGUGUGCGCAUCCCGCGAGCUCCUCUACCUGGCCGCUACCGGAGACCGGAUGCAGCGGCUGGCCACAAUGGUGGCCUUCCGGCGGCUUCUGUGCCGCGGUCCGGGCCAGCCUUUCGACGUCUGGCUGCUGCCCAUGCAGGCCCUGUACGAGCUGUACCUGGAGCACGCCGAGCAGCCCACCGACGAUGUUCUGCGCACAGAGGGCUGCCUGGGCCUCGAACUGCUCGAGCACACGUUCGAGCAAGUCGACCACGCCGAGGGCUCCGCGUCACCAGACGAACUCUACGCUCGACGGACUGCGGCUUCCACCGGACCGCUCUCCGACGCCAGCUGCUGCAGCGCAAGCCGCGAAGACGUCGUCUAGUUCGCCUCUAUACGAAAGGCCGCGCAACAUGGUCACGGAUCAGAGCAGAGGUCGUCGCAACUGAGCUCUUUCGCGCGCCUCGGAAGACGCACGCGCAGUUUACAGUGCAGUCAGGCGUCGUUUAAGCGCUGCUUGCACCUGCGUAGCCAGGCAAGAACGUUAGUGAAAGAGCGAAGUGGUGUAACUUAAGGGCUACUUUGCCUUACAAAAGAGCUCGCCUGCGUCGGAGGAACUGGUUCACCUUGUCAAGGGUUGAACGCUGCGUCCUGAUUUAUCGCUGUGCUUAGCUUUAUUUAGCCCAUGCGCCAGCGGCAUAUACGUCCGUAGCUGGCGAUUUGCGCCAAAGAAGUCGCAUAUCAGCUGCGCCUCGCACGACUUGCAAUGCAACCGGGACGUCGCCUAGACUUCUACAUCGGGGCACAUAUUUUGGUCAUGUCUGUCAUCUGCUUUAGCCAUUAAGUCAAAUGAUUUACAGUUCCCAGACGGCUCGGGUCUUAAAACAGCCAGCUAUGCUGUCCAGACUUUCACGUGCAUGCUGCCGACCUGUAAAAUUGACACCCGAUGGUUAACCAGCGCAGAAAUAUGAAAGGUUGAGGUCAAGCGCGGAACUUCCCACACAUGCGCGCAGAAUUUGUACUCGGGUGAGCCAGAAACGUGAAAAGGGGAGAGCCACAAAAAGGAAAAGAAAGACCGAAAACAAGGAACUAAGCAUGACAACAUCGUUCCCGCACUAAUUCGCCAUCGAUAUUUCAGUACCGAUUAACAUGCUCAAACCACCACCUUGUUAAGCCAAAGAACUAAGUUUAUCUCUAAGGACGCGCUAUACAUUUGUCGGUGAUAGCCAGAACGCGCAACAUUUUUCUCGCAGUUCGCUAAUGAUGCUAUAUAUGGACAAGUCUCGGCAGACUUGGUCACAACGGCAGCACAAACCAUACUUGCAGUUGAAUGAACAGGCAUAAACGCACAAGCGUAGAUGCGUGCACAAACACAAUACAUAUUCCUGUCCUCCUCUGCGUUAUACCACCUCACUCUUAUGAAGAACGGUGUCAACACAGCAAGACGAUCAAAGAGACAUGUGUCACGUAACGUGGCGUGAGAUGAAAAAACAAACAAAUAACGCGUUUGUUCAAUGAAGCUCGCUGCGAAUUUCUCUGGCUGUCACCAGGCAACAAGUUACUGCUGCGGAUUGCUGGCCAAACUUUCUUGCUUGGUUGUCGAGAGCGGAAGGAAUAAAAAGUCGACAUGUUUGCCCCACACGAUGCGUUCGAGAAACGUCGGGCACCAGAGAAUAAAAGAAACUUGAUGUCCUUCCUAAGUCCAGGAAGAAUUCCCCACUGCAGUGGGACUGCAUAAUGUACUUGGAUGAAGAAGCGAUGAAGAGAGAGAGAGAAGAGUUUGUCAGCACGUCGAACUUAUAGAUGCCCGUGCGACAUUCGUCGUGUUCGAAGUAAUCGGAAACAGCACAACUAAACAAGAACAGGAGUAAACAUGCACCACAGGACAAGCGCUGACACAUUAGUCGCCAGCUUUCAUUGUAUGUGUGGAGCCCAGUUCUUGUUGAUAAGAUAAAUAGCGUUUUCAGAAGAGCGCAUCUGAUAUUGUCAUUUACCUAUUACGUGUGCUCGACCU